CUCGACCGCAGCGGAUUAUUCCUUCUAAUCAAAAGGGUUUGCAGAGAAAUAUCUCUACCCUUUAUCCAUUUCGCAUAAAGAAAUUACCGCAAACCCUAGUUUUUCAUUGACGAGGUUUUCAAAAUUUCUCAUAUCGAAUCGAGCGCAGCACUUCAGUUUUGAGCUCAGAGCUUCCAGUUUGCUUGUCCGUAGUAGAAGAGUAGAUGUCUGGCAUGUACGGUCAAGAAGGCGACGGAUCUGGCGGUGCGCCGGGCGGUCGAGGAGGAGGAUAUGGCGGCGGCGGCGGAGGGUACGGCGGCGCCGAUGGUGGAGGAUAUGGCGGUUAUGGUGGUGGUGGAGGAUAUGGAGGAAACAGCGGCGGCGGCGGCGGGUAUGGGAACCGCGGGGAUAGUGGUGGAGGGUACGGUGGGAGAGGUGGCGGUGGAUACGGCGGCAACAGAGGAGGUGGUGGUGGUGGAUACCAAGGAGAUCGUGGUGGUCGGGGUGGGGGCGGCGGAGGUGGUGGGAGAGGAGGUGGUCGUGGUGGUGGCGGCAGAGAGGGUGACUGGCGAUGCCCUAACCAAAGUUGUGGGAACCUGAAUUUUGCCCGAAGAACUGAGUGUAACAAAUGUGGUGCGCCAUCUCCAGCUGGUGGUGAUGAUCGUGGGAGUAGAGGUGGUGGUGGUGGUUAUAGCAGGGGUGGAAGGGGCGGGGGUUAUGAAGAUAAUCGAGGGGGUUAUGACAAUGAUCAAGGUGGAAGAGGUAACUAUUAUGACAGUGGCAGUGGCCGCAGUGGAAAUGGUUAUGAUGGUGGGAAUGGUAGAGGCGGUUCGUACGGUGGUAAUCAGGGUAGGGAUGAAGGUGCUUAUGGGCAGGGUACUCCAGUAGCUCCUCCUCAGUCCUAUGAUGGUGCAGGUGGAAGUUAUGCUCCACCUAAUUCUUAUGGUGGGAACCCGAAUUACGCUCCUGAUGCAGUUCCUCCUCCGACAAGCUAUACUGGCGGGCCUACGUCAUAUCCUCCAUCAUACGGUGGUCCUGCUGGUUAUGGUGGUGAUGGUGAUAGCCGUGGUGGUGGGCGAGGGGGCCAUUCUGGUGGUGGUGGACGAGGGGGCCAUUCUGGUGGUGGUGGCGGCGGCGAUGGUUAUAGCCGUGGUGGUGGACGAGGUGGCCAAUCUGGUGGUGGUGGUGGUGGUGGUUAUGGUAGGGUUUCGAAUAAUGCGGGAGGUUAUAAUGCUGCUCCUGCAGAGGCUACUGAAAAGGUCAAGCAGUGUGAUGAAAACUGUGGGGAUUCCUGUGAUAAUGCGAGAAUCUACAUAUCCAAUUUGCCUCCAGAUGUUACCAUCGAGGAGCUUAGGGAUCUGUUCGGAAGUAUAGGCCAGGUUGCAAGAAUCAAGCAGAAGCGAGGUUACAAAGAUCAAUGGCCAUGGAGCAUCAAAUUAUACACAGAUGAACAAGGAAACAACAAGGGGGAUGCAGUUUUAUCUUAUGAAGAUCCAUCUGCUGCCCAUUCAGCUGGUGGUUUUUUCAAUUCUCAUGAGCUGCGAGGUCACAAAAUCAGUGUUUCAAUGGCUGAGAAAUCUGCUCCGAAGGCUCCUGCGUAUGGUUCUGGCUUGGAAGAUGAUUCCGUGGUGAUCCUGGAUAAUGACACCACUUGGAUUCUAGGUGGUGGUAGAGGCAACUAUGGUGGCGAUAGACGUAGAGACAACUACAGAGACAGUGGUUCGUCUGGUCCGGAUAGGAACUAUCACAGUGGAAACCGUUCUCGUCCUUACUAAACUUCAGAAGUGCGCUAUUAUGUACUAAUAUUUGUGGUUCGUCUGGGUUUUUAUUUUUGUUCCGUAAGCAGAGACUUGUUCUCUAACUGCAUAUCAGAGAAGGGAAGUGGAUAUUCUCCAAAUUGCUGCUAAAGAUAUUUUAAUCAUCAGGUGAGUGUUGCUUUCUGAAGUUUCUUUUAUUUUCUCGAGUUUCAAUAUCUGCUUUGAUGAGUUGGAGUUGGAAGUCCUUCCAUGCAGAUGCAUUUCAAUCCUUUAUUUUUUUUUUCUCUUAAUCGUUUUGCUGUUAUAUUGAUGUCUGAAAUCUUUGCUGCUUUGCUAGGUUUUUCUCUGUGGGAUAUAUAUUAGAACAUCCAUAAUUUGUUCUGUAUAUUAUGAACUAUGAAAGUUCUGCUUCUAUUGAAAGUGUGCUCAAAAUGAUAGUAUUGUGUGCUUUUAGUUCCUGAUUAUUUGUCUUGUUGAGUGACACAAUAUGUACAGUGAAAAUAACUGAUAUAUUAAUGAUCUCAAAAGACAAAAAUUAUCAUUUAAAAAAAAUAUAAUUUUUUGUUAUGAGGGGGCUUCACUAUUUAGGCUUGGAUAAACUAGUUAGAUUAUGUGAAUAAAAAUGCAUAUCUAUAAUAUUAAAUGUCAUAUUUCUGUUGAAUAAAAGCUUUUUAAAGUAUGAUUUUUUUAAAGUAGGGAAAAGCUCCUUCUAUUCC